AUGAAGAUAUUCGAUCUAUUGCAAGAAAAAGGCAUAACUAUUCUUCGGACAUCCGAAGAUACACUGGCACAUUCCCAAACACACACGCAUAUAUAUACAUACACAUAUACAUAUACAUGUCUGCGUCUGCGGGCGUAUUCGAGCGUGUGUCUACCAGCGUAUGUUGGUGCUAUGUUGCGUGUGGUUAAGACUCAUCGAUUGCAACUUCCAGUCAUCUCGAGCGAAAUUCCGGGGGAAAAUCGGCAAGGCGAGUUUUUUUUUUUUUUUUUUUUUCAUUUCGCGCCGAACCAAUCACUCAGGACGGCAAGACGCGCGUCACUCCACACGGGCGUGUUUUACGGUUUCUGCGGUAAUUCCGCACGAACGAGCAGUGAAAGAGGCCACGAGAAAAUUUUUCACUGCGCGAGCCAGCGCAGCAGCGGUUUUCAGCAUCAGAGAGCAGGUUUGGCAGUUCUUUUCGGUCUUUGGAGCAUUUGGGUCCUGGCUUGUGUUGCCGUCUGUUUCCUAUUUAAAGUUGGGCUGUGCCCCUUUCCAGUGGGCGUCUCCCCCCUUUGUGGGCCGUUUCUCUUGUUUGGCAAUUCGACCUUGGUUUCUUCGAUGUUUUUCAACAAUUCCUUUUUCUUGAUCUCUUAA